AUGGAACAUUGCAAACCUAUUCCCAUGCCAGUGGCCACCUCCUCGUCACUAAAGCUUACCGAUGGCUCUCCACCUGCUGAUGGGACACUUUACUGCCAAACUAUGGGCAGCUUGCAAUACCUCCUUUUAAGUCGCCAUGAUAUUGUUUUCGCUGUUAAUAAGUUAUCUCAAUUCAUGCAUUCCCCCACAACUCAACACUGGGGCACAAUUAAACAUCUCAAUUGGUAUCUUAAUGGUACAAAAUCAUAUGGUAUUCAACUGCAACAGCAUAGUUCCUUAUCCCUUCGUGCCUUGUAUGAUGUAGAUUGGGCUAGUGAUCCUGGUGAUCGUAUCUCUACGAGGGCUUAUGUUGUCUUCCUUGGCCCUAUCCCUAUUUUUUUGGAGUUCCAAGAAGUAAUGUUUUAUUGCCUGUUCAUCUACCAAAGCUAA